GUUUCUGGCUUUCUGCUUAGAUUUUCCAAGAUUUUUAUUUUAUUUUAUUGAUUCCAGCUUAAAUAACUAUCAAAGACUUGGUCUUUCCUUUCUUUUUCUGGUUGAUUUUGCAAGUUCAUCUCUCUUAGUAUUUUCUCUCGCUGUCUGUAACACUUGGGUUUCCCCAUCUGGGCGGGCAUCUUUUCUGGGUCUUCAGUUUUAUUGCUCUGGAAAUUCUGGGUUUGCACUGAAAUGGAGAAGUACGAGCCAUUGAAGGAACUUGGUUCUGGGAAUUUUGGGGUGGCAAGGCUGGUGAGACACAAGAAGACCAAGGAGCUUCUUGCCGUCAAAUACAUAGAAAGAGGGAGCAAGAUUGAUGAAAAGGUUCUGAGGGAAAUCAUAAAUCACAGAUCACUGAGGCAUCCCAACAUAGUCAGGUUCAAGGAGGUACUGUUGACGCCAACACAUUUGGCUAUAGUCAUGGAAUAUGCAGCUGGCGGUGAGCUCUUCGCAAGGAUAUGCAGUGCUGGUCGAUUUAGUGAAGAUGAGGCACGCUUUUUCUUUCAGCAGCUGAUAUCUGGAGUUAGCUACUGUCAUUCAAUGGAAAUUUGCCAUAGAGACCUGAAACUGGAAAACACUCUACUGGAUGGAAGUCCAACUCCACGUCUUAAAAUAUGUGAUUUUGGUUAUUCCAAGUCUGGUUUGUUGCAUUCACAACCCAAAUCGACAGUGGGAACUCCAGCAUACAUUGCCCCAGAAGUCCUAUCACGCAAGGAGUAUGAUGGGAAGAUUGCAGAUGUUUGGUCUUGUGGUGUAACGCUAUACGUGAUGUUGGUUGGAGCAUACCCUUUUGAGGAUCCUGAAGAUCCUAGAAACUUCCGUAAGACAAUUGGGAGAAUAAUCAGCGUUCAGUACUCUAUACCCGAUUAUGUACGUGUUUCUGCAGAUUGUAGGCAACUCCUUUCUCGCAUUUUCGUUGCAAAUCCCUCCAAGAGAAUCACCAUCCCGGAGAUAAAAAACCUCCCCUGGUUUCUGAAAAAUUUGCCAAAAGAGCUAAUUGAAGGUGAGAAAACAAACUACGAGGAAGCUGGGCGAGACAAAUCACUUCAGAGUGUUGAGGAAAUAAUGCAGAUCAUACAAGAGGCGAAGACCCCUGGCGAGGGAUCGAAAGCUGAAGGGCGGGCUGCUGUUGGGGCAUCGGAUCCUGAAGACGAGGCUCAUCUGGACUCUGAAGUUCAUAGUGGAGAUUUUGAUUAUGUAACCCCUAUUUGAGCAAGUCCUUAGCCUUACAAAAUGCUCCAAAUGAUUUCACUGCCUCACAAAUGAUUUAAGUACUAGAUCACUGUUAAAGAUCUAGUACUGUACAGUAAGUACAUGCAUGAUCUUAUGAAAUAAUUGUGAGGACAAGUAAGUUCUAUGCUGAAUUUUGGGCAUUGCCCUAAUGCAUUGGCGGUGAGUGGUGAUCUCUAUCUUUUACA